CUUGCCAGGGGAAAUACUGUACUGCUUUACAAUUACUGAACCCAAAAGACCACUUGAAGCCUGUGGUACAAUGACAAGAACUUUAGUUGGCUUGUUUCUUGUGACCCUUACUGGAUUUACUAUAACCUGCAAUGCUUCUGGCCUCUGGGGAGAUACCAUUACUGAAUUUGCUGCGGAUUUGUACAAGGCUACACGUUCACUUGACAAGAAAGACAAUAUUAUAUUUUCCCCACUUGGUACUUCUUUGAUACUUGGAAUGAUAAAACUUGGAGCAAAAGGAACAACAUUAAAUCAGAUAAAACAAGCUUUAAAACUUCAGGGAAAUCAAGAAAGUGAAGAGUUUUCUGGGCUCAAAAAGCUUCUUGCUGUCAUCUCAGAAAAAAAUAAAGAAUUUACAUUUAAUCUCGCCAAUGCCCUCUACCUUCAAGAAGGAUUCCAAGUGAAGGAGCAAUAUCUCCAUAGCAACAAGAAUUUUUUUAAGAGCUCUGUAAAGCUGGUGAACUUCCAAGAUUCAAAGGCUUCUGCCGAAACAAUAAGUGCAUGGGUAGAAAAGCAAACAAAUGGGAAAAUCAGAAAUCUAUUUUCUAGUGACGACUUUGGCCCACUCACCAAAUUGGUAUUGGUUAAUGCUAUUUAUUUCAAAGGAGAAUGGAAAAACAAAUUCCACCUAGAAGAAACGAACAUGCAGGAUUUUACAGUUAAAAAGGGUUUGGCAACAAGUGUACCCAUGAUGCAUCUUCAUUUGACAACAAAGCUUGGUUAUUUUUCAGAGAAGAAUGUAAACUACAAAGUUUUGGAACUGCCUUACAAAGAUGAAAUGUUCAGUUUAAUUCUGACACUCCCUUCAGAAAAUGUGGAUGUUGAAGAAUUAGAAAAAAUGAUUUCGGCACCAUUGAUAAAAAGCUGGAUUUCUGAUAUGUCUGAGGAAACUGUUGAGCUUAGUUUGCCAAGAUUUAAAGUAGAAGAUAAAAUUGACUUAAAAAAAUUGCUCUUUCACCUGAAUAUAACAGAAAUAUUCAAUCAAAACUGUGAUCUCUCAGGAAUAACAGAUUCCCAUAACAUAUACAUUUCAAAGGUGGUUCAGAAGAUUUCAAUUGAAAUAAAUGAGGAAGGAAGCGAAGCUGCUGCGGCAAGUGGAAUGCAAGCAGCUGCCAUGAGUAUGACCCACCAUAGUUUCAUAGCUGAUCAUCCCUUCCUGUUUUUUAUUCGACACAACCAAUCAGGAUCGAUUCUGUUUAUGGGAAAGGUGACAAACCCAAAUGUGAAAGCAGCAAACGGACGAGAUGUGGAAUCACUAUAAAUAAAAUUAACGGAACAUGCUAUUAAAAUGAACAUUUCUCCAAUGCAGGGGAAGGGGACAUCUAUUUAUGUGUCAGAAAUGCAUGUAUAGCUAGAAAUCAUGUCAAUACUUGCACAACAAAUAGAUUGCACGA